AUGACCACCACACCUGCACAGGCGCUGGGCGCCCUCCUGCUCACCUGUCUGCUGGGACUCACAGCUGCGCAGCCCUCCAUCUCUCUGAUGGGCCCCACUCAGAGGACAACCGCCGGGAAUUUGGUGGCUUUCAACUGCACCGCUGGCCCCUUCGGCUCCUCCGAUUUCUAUGUCACCUGGCUGAAGGACAGAGACGAGCAUCCAGCCUCAGCUCAGCGCCUGGUGACUGAGGACAAAGCCAAGUACACAGUCACCAGUAAGGUGUGGGUGACCCUGGACCGUCAAGAUGUCUGGUCGGAGAUGACCUGCGAAGUCACCCACAGGCACCUGGCGGAGCCCCUGCGGAAGAGCAUGAACCUCUCCCAAGUGCUCCGAGUUGUCCCCACCCUGAAGAUCACCACCAAGCCCUCUGGGAUGCAAAUCCAUGUGCAUCAGAGAGUGAAUCUCACGUGCCAUGUGAGCCACUUCUAUCCCUCCCACCUGCACCUCACCUGGAUGGAGAACAGGCACAAGGUACAGACCGUGGAGUCCCCGCCAGUCACCAGAAACCCAGAUGGGACCUACUCUCUGGAGCACACCUGGCAGGCAGAGGCCACGCUGAACGGGAGUGAGUUUGCCUGCUGGGUGGUCCAGGAUGAGCAGCCCCCAGUCCAGGCCAACAUCACCCUGCAGGCUCAGGCACCCAGCCUGGGGAAAGGCAGGAGCGGCCACUCUUAUGCUUUAAAAGGCCCCCUUCAGCGAUCUGAGCCGGGCUCGAGCAUCCAGCUGACGUUCACGUCCCCCGGAUUCCCCACAGGUCAGGUUACUGUGACCUGGCUUAAAAACAACCACAGACUGUUAAAGUCCCAGACCAGCGUCCAUUCGCUGGGGGACAGCUACAAUGUGACCAGCAGUGUGCUCGUCCCGCUGCAAGCUGACGACGUGCCCUCCCUCGUCCUCUGCCACGUCAAGCACAGGUCUACACUGGUUUUCCAGAAAACCAUCAGCCUGGACCAGUACCUCCGUGGUAAGGACUAUCUCUUUGUUCAGACUGGUUAGUGCAGAAUUGGGCUGUGAUGUCUCUGGGCCUCAGU